CUGGCAAACGGCCAUCACUAGCGAUAAUUUGACGCGUGAAAUCGUGAACAAUGUCAACAAAUAAGUUUGUAAGUUCGUCUUCGCUGAUUCAUGUGUCGAUAAAGUAAACAAAUAAAUAGUAAUUCGCAUCGCCUUCGCUGUUCAUUUUGCUAACACAGUAGUCUCGACUAUGACGGUGAAGUGACGAUUACAUCAUGAAUGUAAAUAAGUACUUAAUAAUUUUGAAAUUGUUAUUAUUUUCGGGUUGUUUGUGUGAAAUAAGCGAGGGUGAAAAAGAGAAACUUUUGAAUGGCUUCCUAGAACAUUAUAAUAGUUUACCUAAUCAAAUAUACCAGAGCAAUGAGGGAUCUUUGCAAAAUACGCAGCAAGUGGAUGACACCACAUAUGAAAUAGUAGCAAAGAUAAAAGUUAAAGAGAUUCAGAAUGCUGAAGUAACAAAGUCUUUAACUUGUGCUGCUACUGUCAAGGACUCUGAUGAUCAUGUUGCUGUCACAAGUAGUCAUUGUCACGAGCCUAGGCAGGACUCCAGCCAGGAAAUUGCCACCGAAGCUCAGGCGGAAGUGGCUGAAUCUGUGGUUGAGAGGAGACCUGUCCAGUUAGACAAUGAAGUACAAUCAGAUACAGCUAUAACAUCAGGUGAACAGUUUAUAGCAAUACCUCGGGACCAACCGAGCGUACCAUGCUUUGGGUGUGCCACGCACGUGAACCCACAGGCUGCUGGAGUUAGCGACCUUGCUAGCCUCGGUCUGAGGCACCUCGAUAUCCAUCAACCAACAAUGAAACACACUCUGGAACGAGUACUAGAUGUAGAGAGACAAGUCCAAGUGGUAAAUGGAGUACGAUAUAUUUUAACUAUGUCAGUUCAUUUUGACAAUUGUUCGGAUAUCCAAUCUGAAAACUGUGUGUUCUCUAACAUUUGUAAGAUAACAUUUCUAGUUAAACCAUGGGUAAAACUGCCCAAUGGUGCAAAUUAUAGAGCAAUAUUAGGAAACAACUGUACAGAAGAAUGGCUGUAUGGUGACAAUGGCGAAGUUUUGCCAGACACCGUGGAUAACCAAGCACAGGACAAAGAUACAGGAAGUAAGGGAGAUGAUGGAGAUGACAUACAGGUAAAAUAUAAUUCGGAUGUCCAAUCACAACCAAACAUGGAACGAACACUAACGGAUGAAGAGAUGAACAAUCUAGAAGAGCAAAUAAUUCCGAAUAAUCAAUUUCAAGAAAAUUAUCAACGCUCUUUUACUGCAUCUCCUGACACCCCCGGGGAAAAUAAGGAACAUGUUUUCAAAGUCGAAUCCAGUAAACAUAAUGUGAAUACAAUUCCUGUUACCGAACAAACUCUAAACAUUAAUCUAGAUAAAAAGAAAACUAUUGACGACCUAUUGAACUAUUUUGACUUUUCUGGAUUUAAACUGAAGACUGAAAGUACAGUUCCCGUGUCAAGGGCAAGGAGAAGUUAUGAUUACGAUUUGCAACUACUAACACUUGCAGAAGACUAUCAUGGUAUUAAAAAUAGUUUAAAAAAUGCACGCUUUGUAUACGGGUUAGCUCAAACUAUGGUAAACUAUUUGAAUGAAAUUGACAUGGAAGUAAAAAAUAGAGAAGUAAAAAGCGUAAUCAAAGCGGAAGAAGAAACUGACAGUCUACAGCGAUAUAUAUAUGUACAGGCUAGUGUUACAAUACCAUGUGAUAAAGUUGAAUGUGAACCAAGAGACACGGGUACCCAAAUAUGUAAUGGUGUUUUAGAUGCCACAAACGACGAUAGUCCCCAAAUUAUAAGCUCAUUCUGUUACAAUGACAACAAAGAAAGAGAUUACAGGGAUAUUGUCAAAGAAAUACCUCUCGAUGAUCCCGUCUUACAAAAUUUAGCCUUAGACGCAGUGAAAAAAAUUGAAUCCGAAUCAAACUCUGAAAACGCUCUGAAAGUAAAUAAAAUUAUUUCAGCUUUAACCCAAAUUACAUCUGGAACACUUACGAAAUUUUCAAUUGUUGUUGAUAACUUGAAAUGUAAUAAGAGCGUUCCACAAGCAUUACGAAUAAAUUGUACGGUUCUAGAACAAUUAGGAUCACAGAUUUGUGAAAUAAUCGUGCACGAGAGGCAUUGGCUGAGAGAGACGAAAAUAUCAUACUCUUGCACUGACAGACCAGUUGACAUGAAAAUAUCGAAAGUAAAAUCAAUGACCCCAAGUAUAAAUGUAGAGGAUCCAAAGAUUAUCGAAAUGUUGCAAGAAGCCAUACAAUUUUUAGAAACACAAUCAGAAAAGAAUAACAAACAAAAAAUUGUAAACGUAACAUCCAUCUCUUCUCAAAUUAUAGCUGGCUUUUUAACUAAAAUAGAAUUUUUGGUUGGAUAUACCAAUUGCACAAGCGGAAAUGAGUUAAUAGACGAAUCAAAUAAAUGUCACUUAUUGAAAGGACAAAAUCUUCGUCUGUGUAAAGCACAGUUUUGGGAUAGAUCAUGGAUAAUAGAUGGUAGACAAGUAGAAGUUUCAUGUGAUGACGUUAAAAGAAAAAAAAGGUCUGUAGAUUUUGUUGAAGGUCAAGGAAAUGAAAAUAAAAGCCCUGAAAACAAAUACAAAAAGUUAGCUAAUGAAUCUUUACAGAAGUUUAUGCAAUCAUCCCUCAAUCACCAACAUUACGAAGUCGUAAAAGUUGACAAAGUUGAUGAUCAAAAUUUGCCUGAUAAAUUAAUAAGAAUUCAAUUUUCAAUAUCACCCACCAAUUGCAAACUGAAACACGGCAUUUUGUCACCUACUGAAUGCCACGUCAUAAAUCCUGAAAAUGUAAUCCACUGUCGUUCGAAAAUAUUGGAAAACGUUUGGGUUGACAAAAAACAAUUGUUUGUAAAUUGUAACUUAAAAGACUACCGACAGCAUGAAACUUCUUCAGGCUUGCAUGAACGCGAUUCUGACUCAAAAUAUUAUAGUAAAAACAGUAAUUCUUUAAAACAAAUUCUUAAAGAUACAAAUGCUAUGCACAUUGCUGUAGAAGCGCUUCAAGCAUAUUUGAAGAAAAAUCCUGAAUCACUUCUUUUGCGAGUAACUUUAGUUGACAAAGUAGUAAUAGAAGGCCUAACAACUAAAAUUGUAUUCCUAGCGUCACAUACUGAAGAUGAUGAUGGUGAUACAAUUUGCUACGCAGAGUUCUUCGCAACCAAUACGUCCAAAGGUGUUACAGAAGUAAAAUGUCAUUCAAUCGGCUUACCAAUUAAACGAACUGAAGUUACCGAUGAAGAUCCUAAUUAUUAUAAGUAUAUUCAAUUGGCGGAUGAAUCGCUUUAUAUUCAUCUACAAAAGAUAAAUAGCUCGCAACUAUACACUGUUGCUUCUAUAGAAAGCGUAAUGGUACAGUGGGAUGAAGGCAUAAAGACUCAAAUUAAUUUUAUUAUAUCUCCAACCGAUUUAGAGAACCACGAAAAUCAAGGAAAGCAAUGUCGUGCUGAAAUACGAGAACAACCAUGGAUUCAUAAAAAGAACAUUAAUGUAAAAUGUGAAUUAGAAAGAAAUUUAUACCGAUCUAAAAGACAGAUCCAUGAUGAAAACAAUGUUGAAGGUGGUUUAACAGAUCAAGACCCAAAUGACCCAAAUUAUCGAGUUUUGGCUGAGGAAUCAUUGCUAAAGUUCGUUGCUGAUUCCGGGACAACCCAACCUCUAAAGGUCUUAAAAGUCGAAAAAGUAACCACACAAGUAGUUUCUGGCUUGUUGACCCGCAUCGAUUUUGUGAUAUCGGGUGGGGAAGAUAUCAACAAAUGUCACUCUAAAAUAUGGGAGCAGCCUUGGAUGAACAGAAAAGACAUCGAUGUUUCUUGUCAUAACGGUGACCAAAGAAGUAAAAGAGAGGCAAUGACGGGUGGUUUGACAGAUCAAGACCCAAAUGACCCAAAUUAUCGAGUUUUGGCUGAGGAAUCGUUGCUAAAGUUCGUUGCUGAUUCCGGGACAACCCAACCUCUAAAGGUCUUAAAAGUCGAAAAAGUAACGACACAAGUAGUUUCUGGCUUGUUGACCCGCAUCGAUUUUGUGAUAUCGGGUGGGGAAGAUAUCAACAAAUGUCACUCUAAAAUAUGGGAGCAGCCUUGGAUGAACAGAAAAGACAUCGAUGUUUCUUGUCAUAAUGGUGACCAAAGAAGUAAAAGACAGGCAAUGCCGGGUGGUUUAACAGACCAAGACCCAAAUGACCCAAAUUAUCGAGUUUUGGCUGAGGAAUCGUUGCUUAAGUAUGUUGCCGAUUCUGGGACAACCAAACCUCUAAAAGUCGUAAAAAUCGAAAAAGUAACCACGCAAGUAGUUUCUGGCUGGUUGACCCGCAUCGAUUUUGUGAUAUCGGGUGGGGAUGAUAUCAACAAAUGUCACUCUAAAAUAUGGGAGCAGCCUUGGAUGAACAGAAAAGACAUCGAUGUUUCUUGUCAUAACGGUGACCAAAGAAGUAAAAGAGAGGCAAUGACGGGUGGUUUGACAGAUCAAGACCCAAAUGACCCAAAUUAUCGAGUUUUGGCUGAGGAAUCGUUGCUAAAGUUCGUUGCUGAUUCCGGGACAACCCAACCUCUAAAGGUCAUAAAAGUCCAAAAAGUAACGACACAAGUAGUUUCUGGCUUGUUGACCCGCAUCGAUUUUGUGAUAUCGGGUGGGGAAGAUAUUAACAAAUGUCACUCUAAAAUAUGGGAGCAGCCUUGGAUGAACAGAAAAGACAUCGAUGUUUCUUGUCAUAACGGUGACCAAAGAAGUAAAAGAGAGGCAAUUACGGGUGGUUCGACAGAGAAAGACCCAAACGACGCAAAGUAUAGAGUUUUGGCUGAGGAAUCGUUGCUAAAAUUUUGUGAUAUCGGUGGGGAAGAUAUCAACAAAUGUCACUCUAAAAUAUGGGAGCAGCCUUGGAUGAACAGAAAAGACAUCGAUGUUUCUUGUCAUAACGGUGACCAAAGAAGUAAAAGAGAGGCAAUUCCGGGUGGUUCGACAGAGAAAGACCCAAACGACGCAAAGUAUAGAGUUUUGGCUGAGGAAUCGUUGCUAAAGUUCGUUGCUGAUUCCGGGACAACCCAACCUCUAAAGGUCAUAAAAGUCGAAAAAGUAACGACACAAGUAGUUUCUGGCUUGUUGACCCGCAUCGAUUUUGUGAUAUCGGGUGGGGAAGAUAUCAACAAAUGUCACUCUAAAAUAUGGGAGCAGCCUUGGAUGAACAGAAAAGACAUCGAUGUUUCUUGUCAUAACGGUGACCAAAGAAGGAAAAGAGAGGCAAUUACGGGUGGUUUCACAGAUCAAGACCCAAACGACGCAAAGUAUCGAGUUUUGGCUGAGGAAUCUUUGCUAAAGUUCGUUGCUGAUUCCGGGACAACUCAACCUCUAAAGGUCAUAAAAGUCGAAAAAGUAACGACACAAGUAGUUUCUGGCUUGUUGACCCGCAUAGAUUUUGUGAUAUCGGGUGGGGAUGAUAUCAACAAAUGUCACUCUAAAAUAUGGGAGCAGCCUUGGAUGAACAGAAAAGACAUCGAUGUUUCUUGUCAUAACGGUGACCAAAGAAGUAAAAGAGAGGCAAUUACGGGUGGUUCGACAGAGAAAGACCCAAACGACGCAAAGUAUAGAGUUUUGGCUGAGGAAUCGUUGCUAAAGUUCGUUGCUGAUUCCGGGACAACCCAACCUCUAAAGGUCAUAAAAGUCGAAAAAGUAACGACACAAGUAGUUUCUGGCUUGUUGACCCGCAUCGAUUUUGUGAUAUCGGGUGGGGAAGAUAUCAACAAAUGUCACUCUAAAAUAUGGGAGCAGCCUUGGAUGAACAGAAAAGACAUCGAUGUUUCUUGUCAUAACGGUGACCAAAGAAGUAAAAGAGAGGCAAUUACGGGUGGUUCGACAGAGAAAGACCCAAACGACGCAAAGUAUAGAGUUUUGGCUGAGGAAUCGUUGCUAAAGUUCGUUGCUGAUUCCGGGACAACCCAACCUCUAAAGGUCAUAAAAGUCGAAAAAGUAACGACACAAGUAGUUUCUGGCUUGUUGACCCGCAUCGAUUUUGUGAUAUCGGGUGGGGAAGAUAUCAACAAAUGUCACUCUAAAAUAUGGGAGCAGCCUUGGAUGAACAGAAAAGACAUCGAUGUUUCUUGUCAUAACGGUGACCAAAGAAGUAAAAGAGAGGCAAUGACGGGUGGUUUCACAGAUCAAGACCCAAACGACGCAAAGUAUCGAGUUUUGGCUGAGGAAUCGUUGCUAAAGUUCGUUGCUGAUUCCGGGACAACUCAACCUCUAAAGGUCAUAAAAGUCGAAAAAGUAACGACACAAGUAGUUUCUGGCUUGUUGACCCGCAUCGAUUUUGUGAUAUCGGGUGGGGAAGAUAUCAACAAAUGUCAUUCUAAAAUAUGGGAGCAGCCUUGGAUGAACAGAAAAGACAUCGAUGUUUCUUGUCAUAACGGUGACCAAAGAAGUAAAAGAGAGGCAAUUACGGGUGGUUCGACAGAGAAAGACCCAAACGACGCAAAGUAUAGAGUUUUGGCUGAGGAAUCGUUGCUAAAGUUCGUUGCUGAUUCCGGGACAACCCAACCUCUAAAGGUCAUAAAUGUCGAAAAAGUAACGACACAAGUAGUUUCUGGCUUGUUGACCCGCAUCGAUUUUGUGAUAUCGGGUGGGGAAGAUAUCAACAAAUGUCACUCUAAAAUAUGGGAGCAGCCUUGGAUGAACAGAAAAGACAUCGAUGUUUCUUGUCAUAACGGUGACCAAAGAAGUAAAAGAGAGGCAAUUACGGGUGGUUCGACAGAGAAAGACCCAAACGACGCAAAGUAUAGAGUUUUGGCUGAGGAAUCGUUGCUAAAGUUCGUUGCUGAUUCCGGGACAACCCAACCUCUAAAGGUCAUAAAAGUCGAAAAAGUAACGACACAAGUAGUUUCUGGCUUGUUGACCCGCAUCGAUUUUGUGAUAUCGGGUGGGGAAGAUAUCAACAAAUGUCACUCUAAAAUAUGGGAGCAGCCUUGGAUGAACAGAAAAGACAUCGAUGUUUCUUGUCAUAACGGUGACCAAAGAAGUAAAAGAGAGGCAAUGACGGGUGGUUUCACAGAUCAAGACCCAAACGACGCAAAGUAUCGAGUUUUGGCUGAGGAAUCGUUGCUAAAGUUCGUUGCUGAUUCCGGGACAACUCAACCUCUAAAGGUCAUAAAAGUCGAAAAAGUAACGACACAAGUAGUUUCUGGCUUGUUGACCCGCAUCGAUUUUGUGAUAUCGGGUGGGGAAGAUAUCAACAAAUGUCAUUCUAAAAUAUGGGAGCAGCCUUGGAUGAACAGAAAAGACAUCGAUGUUUCUUGUCAUAACGGUGACCAAAGAAGUAAAAGAGAGGCAAUUACGGGUGGUUCGACAGAGAAAGACCCAAACGACGCAAAGUAUAGAGUUUUGGCUGAGGAAUCGUUGCUAAAGUUCAUUGCUGAUUCCGGGACAACCCAACCUCUAAAGGUCAUAAAAGUCGAAAAAGUAACGACACAAGUAGUUUCUGGCUUGUUGACCCGCAUCGAUUUUGUGAUAUCGGGUGGGGAAGAUAUCAACAAAUGUCACUCUAAAAUAUGGGAGCAGCCUUGGAUGAACAGAAAAGACAUCGAUGUUUCUUGUCAUAACGGUGACCAAAGAAGUAAAAGAGAGGCAAUUACGGGUGGUUUCACAGAUCAAGACCCAAACGACGCAAAGUAUCGAGUUUUGGCUGAGGAAUCGUUGCUAAAGUUCGUUGCUGAUUCCGGGACAACUCAACCUCUAAAGGUCAUAAAAGUCGAAAAAGUAACGACACAAGUAGUUUCUGGCUUGUUGACCCGCAUAGAUUUUGUGAUAUCGGGUGGGGAAGAUAUCAACAAAUGUCACUCUAAAAUAUGGGAGCAGCCUUGGAUGAACAGAAAAGACAUCGAUGUUUCUUGUCAUAACGGUGACCAAAGAAGUAAAAGAGAGGCAAUUACGGGUGGUUCGACAGAGAAAGACCCAAACGACGCAAAGUAUAGAGUUUUGGCUGAGGAAUCGUUGCUAAAGUUCGUUGCUGAUUCCGGGACAACCCAACCUCUAAAGGUCAUAAAAGUCGAAAAAGUAACGACACAACCUUGGAUGAACAGAAAAGACAUCGAUGUUUCUUGUCAUAACGGUGACCAAAGAAGUAAAAGAGAGGCAAUUACGGGUGGUUCGACAGAGAAAGACCCAAACGACGCAAAGUAUAGAGUUUUGGCUGAGGAAUCGUUGCUAAAGUUCGUUGCUGAUUCCGGGACAACCCAACCUCUAAAGGUCAUAAAAGUCGAAAAAGUAACGACACAAGUAGUUUCUGGCUUGUUGACCCGCAUCGAUUUUGUGAUAUCGGGUGGGGAAGAUAUCAACAAAUGUCACUCUAAAAUAUGGGAGCAGCCUUGGAUGAACAGAAAAGACAUCGAUGUUUCUUGUCAUAACGGUGACCAAAGAAGUAAAAGAGAGGCAAUUACGGGUGGUUCGACAGAUAAAGACCCAAACGACGCAAAGUAUAGAGUUUUGGCUGAGGAAUCGUUGCUAAAGUUCGUUGCUGAUUCCGGGACAACCCAACCUCUAAAGGUCAUAAAAGUCGAAAAAGUAACGACACAAGUAGUUUCUGGCUUGUUGACCCGCAUAGAUUUUGUGAUAUCGGGUGGGGAAGAUAUCAACAAAUGUCACUCUAAAAUAUGGGAGCAGCCUUGGAUGAACAGAAAAGACAUCGAUGUUUCUUGUCAUAACGGUGACCAAAGAAGUAAAAGAGAGGCAAUGACGGGUGGUUUGACAGAUCAAGACCCAAACGACGCAAAGUAUCGAGUUUUGGCUGAGGAAUCGUUGCUAAAGUUCGUUGCUGAUUCCGGGACAACCCAACCUCUAAAGGUCAUAAAAGUCGAAAAAGUAACGACACAAGUAGUUUCUGGCUUGUUGACCCGCAUCGAUUUUGUGAUAUCGGGUGGGGAUGAUAUCAACAAAUGUCACUCUAAAAUAUGGGAGCAGCCUUGGAUGAACAGAAAAGACAUCGAUGUUUCUUGUCAUAACGGUGACCAAAGAAGUAAAAGAGAGGCAAUGACGGGUGGUUUGACAGAUCAAGACCCAAACGACGCAAAGUAUCGAGUUUUGGCUGAGGAAUCGUUGCUAAAGUUCGUUGCCGAUUCCGGGACAAACCAACCUCUAAAAGUCGUAAAAGUUGAAAAAGUAACCACGCAAGUAGUUUCUGGCUUGUUGACCCGCAUCGAUUUUACCAUAUCUGAUGGAAAUUCAAAAACUAUGAAAUGUCAUUCUAAAAUUUUUGAACAAGUUUGGGUUGAAAGAAAGGAAGUAAAUGUCGAUUGUGUUCCUGUUAAUAUUAGAGCACGUAGAGAUUUAGGAAUGCCUCGAGGCUUGGUGGAACAGAAUUUUGAAAAAAAAUCGGUUCCACGAAGCAGCACUGGAAAUGAUCUUCAUAACGUUCGAGGUGACGAUGAAGAAGACCAAAAUCCAAAUAAACCUGAAUAUAAGUUACUGGUAGAAGAAUCCUUGAGGAAAUUUCAACAAAAAAGCGGUGUUUAUCAUAAAGUUCUAGAAGUGAAACGGGUUCUUACACGUGUGGUUUCAGGCAUAAAAUAUAACAUAGAUUUUACUGCUGCCCCUACAGCUUGCUCUGUAAAUGAAUCCCGUGUGAAUGCUCGCACAUGUAAGACAGAUGAUGAAGUAAUUCUUUACUGUCAUACAGAAAUUUGGGAUCGACCUUGGUUAAGAAAGAAAAAUAUUGAUGUUCAAUGUAAUGAUCCGUCAGAUGACCGAGACGAUUUCGUAGAAGACGAUUCUGAUGUUGAUGUAGUAAAACCAGAAAAUGAAAGUAAUAAUUCUGAAAACCACAUGAAACUAGCUAAUGAAGCCACUGAAAAAUAUUUGACUGCAUCAAAUAGAAAAUACGUUCAUCAAGUUACAGGAAUCCAAAGUGUAAGUGAACAACAGUUAGAUGGGACGUUUACUAUUGACUUUACUAUAUCACCCACUACUUGUUUAAGAAACGUUACUAAAAAAGAUUCUUGUAAAGUGAAACAACCAGUUGUAGUUUUCCAUUGUAAUGCAAAAAUAAGAAAUAAACCUUGGGGUAAUAAUGAAAGCGAAAUUGAAGUCACAUGUAAAAAGGCUAGCGAGAGAGUAAACAAAAGCAAAAAAAACAAACGUGACAUAGGUGUUAGAAGUGCCAGACAAACUGUUGAUGAUGCCGAAGAAAUGGAUGAAGAUAUCAUUUAUUAUUACGCUGAUCGUGCUCUUCAACAUGUUAAUGACCAUUCCCGUUCGAAUAACUUACAUAAAUUAAUAUCCAUACACGCUGUGCAAAGUAGCCUUCAAAUGGGAGCUCGAACUGUAAAAAUGUACAUUGAAAUAGCCGAAACGUAUUGUUUGCGGCAUCAAAGAACAAAGGAUCUGGCAAACUGUGAAGAACUUAAUGGUUUAAGUCAUAGGCUAUGUUUGGCUAGAUUAUGGCCUGCACCAGACGAAGAGUUGAUUACAAGACACGUAUCUGUUGUUUGUGACGAUGACGAAGAUUUUGUGGCCAUUAGUGGAGUCAAUGUACCUGAACUUUUAAGAUUGUCAAUGAUGGAACUUGAAAAGUCUGCUGGUGUGAAGUAUAAACUAGUUCAUCAAGGCGAGCCACAAGUUAUACCGUCGCUCGAUUCAAGACAACCAUUUAAAAUCAAUUUUGUUGUUGCUUAUACGAACUGUUCUGUAGAAGUCGAUUUAGAUAAAAAUCCUUUCCAAUGUUAUAUUAAUCAUGAAAUACCUUCUAAGUCUUGCCACUCAUUUAUUUGGCUAAAGACAGAAAUAAAAUCUAUUAGUUACAUAAAUGUUAAAUGUACGCCUCUGAAUCGUUUGAGAAGAUCUACAAAUCAAACGAACCUUUCUUCAGAAAAUGAGGAAAUUAAGAGUAUGGUGGCCGCAGCUUUGGAGAAGUUAGAAAUGUCUUCAUUACAUAGAUACAAACAGAGGGUGCUGCAGAUCAACAGUCACUCUACUAAAAUUACGUCUGGUAAAGUAACCACCAUCGACUUUGACGUCGGUUACACGUCUUGUUUAAAGUACGAGUGGGUUGAGAACAUCACUAGUUGUGAUUUCUUGGAGCACUUGCCCCGAAGACGUUGCGUGGCGCAAAUAUGGGAGAGAUUAUGGAUCAAGAAUGGACAAAAUAUUGAUGUAAAUUGUGUUGAUGAUGAAACACCUUUGGAGUCGCAUAUAGAAUUUGAAAGCGCUGAAAUGGCUAAUGCGUUAGCGAGAGAAGCAUUAAAACAUAUUGAAGCGAAAUAUCCUCACCCUAGCAAACAGAAGAUCGUUAGAAUAUUUUCAUUGGAAAAACAAGUAGUUGCUGGUAUUCACUACAAAAUGAAAAUAGAGGUUGGUUUCACAGAUUGUGUUGCUUUAAGCGACCAAACUGACUGCAAGUUAAUUAAAGACCACGGUCUGAACAAGUUCUGCCGUGUAAAUGUUUGGGUGCGACCAUGGACUGACCAUCCUCCCAAUUUCCGAGUGUCAUGCGAUUUUCAAGAAGGUGCUACGCAUGAUUUAUACCACCAUGUGCAAGCGGAACAAUUGUUUUACAACUUUUUGACAACUUACAGUCCCAGUUACGUCAAUGACUAUUCCCAAAUGCAGAAACGUUUCGAGAUAUUUAAAAAUAAUAUAAAGAAAAUUCACGAGUUCAAUGUUCAUGAGAAAGGUACUGCUAUAUACGGUGUGACCCGAUUUGCUGAUUUGACGUAUGAAGAAUUUAGUAGUAUAUACAUGGGCUUGAAUACGAAUUUAACUAACGAGAACCAGGUCCCUAUGAAAAAGGCCGAUAUUCCAGACAUUAAAAUUCCUGACGACUUUGACUGGAGAGAGCAUGAUGCUGUGACGGAGGUGAAGGACCAGGGCUCAUGUGGUAGCUGCUGGGCGUUCAGUGUGACUGGUAACAUUGAAGGUCAAUGGAAGAUGCAGUCGGGACAGCUGAUAUCCCUGUCUGAGCAGGAGUUAGUGGACUGUGACAAACUGGACGAUGGCUGCAAUGGUGGAUUACCUGAUAAUGCCUACAGGGCUAUAGAACAGAUGGGAGGUCUUGAGUUGGAGAGUGACUACCCAUAUGAAGGUGUCGGUGAGAAGUGUGAGUUCAACAAGACACUCGCCAAGGUGCAGAUCAGUGGAGCUGUGAACAUCACCACAAAUGAGACUGGAAUGGCCCAGUGGCUUGUGCACAAUGGACCUAUUUCUAUUGGUAUCAACGCGAACGCUAUGCAGUUCUACAUGGGAGGUAUCUCACACCCGUGGAAGAUGUUAUGCAAUCCCACCAACUUGGAUCACGGUGUGCUCAUUGUAGGAUACGGUAUUAAAGACUAUCCACUCUUCCACAAGAAACUACCAUAUUGGAUUAUAAAGAACUCAUGGGGCAAGUCAUGGGGAGAACAGGGUUACUACCGUGUGUACCGAGGUGAUGGUACCUGCGGAGUCAACCAGAUGGCAAGCAGCGCUAUCAUAUAAACCAAAACAGUCUAGUUUUGAAGGCAUUUUAUUUGGUUGUAAGUGAGUAUAUAUAUAUAAAUAUCAAGUAUUACUUUAUACUUACUAGGGAAGUGUUGCAAAUGUAGUUUUUAUAUAAGUUUGGUUUUUUCUGUAUAAGUUAUAAAUCUAUUAAGGCCCGUUGUCUUUACGUUUUAUAAUUAUGAAUGUGAAGUAAUUCGUCCGUUUUUAUUGUCUUCUUUUUACAUAUUUUUACCAGCCUUAAUGAAAAUUAAACUGUGCUUAUGACAUACAAAUUAUGAGUCCAUAUACAUUAAAUUAUAUAUGUUUCUCCAAACUGGGUACACUACGAAAUUCAAAGUCAUUUUAUAGGCUCUUUAUAGUGUUAUGAAUAUUUCCUUUAAAAAAAUGAUCUCAAAUAAAAACUUCAAAAUUUGAAAGGGCCUUUAUUUAUUGAAAAAUAAUAUUUAUAACCAUGCAAUAAUUAUUGUACGUACAAUUCGAGGUGCGAAAAAAAUAGCGGCGUGUAAUAUUUUGCCAAGAAUAUGUAUUUUUACCUUAUCUAAAACAUGUAUAAGUUAAUUGGUUGUAAAAAAUCGCAAUGGGUACACAUUAGAGCUAUUUGUUAAUAAUUUUCCACAGUUCAGAAUUAAUACUAACUUGUCGUCGCGCGAUUACUGUUCGUCCAUUAUACAUUUAAAUUAAAAAAAUAUAUAACUAAAAAUCGCGGGUUACUCACGUGAAUAUACUGAGAAAAGCUCUCUACUAGUUUCGAACCACAGAGGGGUUCUUCCUCAUGAACAACUUGCGCGGUCGCGGUGAUCGCCGUGAGAAUAGCAUAUUCACGUGAGUAACACGAGAUUUUUAGUUAAUUUAGUAUGUGUCACGAUAGUUAUUAUAAAAAAAUACAAUAAGAUAAAAAUACAAACACGACAAAACAUAUUACCAAAUUUAGUUCAGACGUUCAGUAGUUAUGCGCUAACAUACAUUUCGGCGAUUCAUUUUUGUUUAUAUAAAUAUAAU